GAGUCCCCCCCUCCCUCUGUCACCCAUCGGGGCGGUAUGAAGGAGUUUUUAGGAUGAAGACAACGCCUCCUCAGGAGAACUACUUAAAGCCGUAACACAUCAAACUGUAACUCAGUUGUAUCCCUCCGUCAACAUGCAUCUCCUGCCGCUGAUGUUCGGGAUUCUGCUUCUACCUGAAGCCUCCACCCUGAGAUGUUACGAGUGUAUACCGGGAGCCUCGGGAACGUGCACGCAAACAAUCAAAGAAUGCCCUCAGGGUCAACAGUGUACUGCAAAGAGAGUUGUUACAUACACAGGUGGUUCAAAAGAUGAUGAUGAAAACACAAAAGAAUGUGCAAUGGCCGAAGAAUGUGGAGAGUACUCGAUCAACUAUGGAUUCUACCAAAUCAUAAUUAACAACAAGUGUUGCACCUCUGAGCUCUGCAACACCCAGCCGGCCCCAGAACCCAGCAAAUCCACACCAAACGGUAAACAGUGCUACUACUGUGAUGAACGAACGUGCACCAACACCGUAAACUGUGAUGGUAUUGAGGACUACUGCUUCUCAGUAACAGACCCUAACCCCCAAGCAGGACAAAGCGGGACCAUGAAGGGCUGUGUGUCCAACCAGUCGUGCACCGCAGAGGAUCAAUCCUGGACCUGCUGUGAGGGGAACUUCUGCAACGCCGCCAGCAGCUUCAGUGCCAGCCUCGUGCUGCUGGCCGCCCCGCUGCUCUCUCUGCUCGUGAUAUCUUAUUAACUCCUGGAGACGCUGAAUCUAGGGCUGCACAAUAUGAGGAAAAUAUAUAAUUGAGAUUUUUUUUUUACUGAUAUUGCGAUUGCGAUAUGAU